AUUUCUAAAAUAAAAUAAAACAUAAUAAUUAGUGAUAAAGAGAAAUUUAAUUUUUUUAAAAUGUUUUUAUUAAUUUUAUUUUUUAUGGUUUGUGAUGGUCAACAUGGAGUAGGAUUUGGAAGUGCGGUAGUUUUAGAAGAUAUAAGUGGAAAUGAAACAUCGUUUACAACACCACGUGAAGAAAUCGAUAGAUCAAAAUAUGUGAAACAACUUAUUGGCAGUGAAAAUUCAAACCAUCCGGUUGAAUACCCAGGUUAUGAUGGAUGGUAUAAUAAUAUUGGUAAGCCAGAACUAGGGGCUGUUGAUACUCCUUUAUUACGAAGAUGGCCAGCGGAUUAUGAAGAUGGAGUUUACAAAUUAUCAGGAUCUAAGCGUCCUGAACCUUUGGUGUUAAGUGAAAGUUUAUUGGAAGGAAGCAUUGGAUCAAAAUCACGUACAGGAAAAAAUGCACUUCUGGUUUUUUUUGGACAACAUGUUGUUGAAGAAAUUUUAGAUGCUCAAAGACCUGCAUGUCCACCGGAAUAUAUUAAUAUAAAGGUUCCUGAAGGACAUCGUUACAGAACAAAACCAGGACAUACAGAAAUGCCGGUGCUAAGAACAAGAUAUGAUGAACGUACUGGUCAUUCACCAAACAAUCCACGUCAACAACUAAAUGAAAUUACUCCUUUUUUGGACGGUGGUUUAAUUUAUGGUACGACAAAAGCAUGGUCUGAUCAUCUGAGAAUAAAUUCAAAUGGAAAGAUAGAUCCAGAUGGUUUAUUAGCUCAUUCUCACGGAGGAAAAUUUCCCGAAUAUAAUACAAUUAGAUUACCAAUGGCUAAUCCUCCUCCACCAAUUCGUCAUGGGGUGUAUAUUGAUCGGCAUUAUACAGAAGAAGUCGAAAGAUUUUUUAAAUUAGGAAAUUCUCGUGGAAAUGAAAACCCAUUUUUAUUAACAUUUGGAAUAAUCUGGUUCCGAUGGCAUAAUGCAAUAGCAAAAGAGCUGAAAAAUAAAAAUACCAAUUGGUCGGGAGAAAAAAUUUAUAAUGAAGCACGCAAAUGGGUUAUUGCAUCACAGCAAAAAAUAGUAGUUUAUGAAUGGUUACCACAAUGGUUGGGUAUGGAUCUUCCGAAUUAUAAAGGCUAUGAUCCAAGUGUUGAUCCUCAAAUAGAUCAGUUUUUUCAAUCAGCUGCUUUUCGUUUUGGACAUACUCUAGUACCGGCAGGAGUUUACUUACGCGAUUAUGGAGAAUCUGGAUGUGGAUUAGAUAGUCGUAUUAUUCGUACUUGUAACAAUUAUUGGAUGUCCGAAAACGCGGUUUUUCAUAAUUUUAGCAGAAUACAAGGACUAGUUGAAAUAGAGAAAUUACUUAUGGGAAUGGCUGUGCAAUUAGCGGAAGAAGAAGAUCAUAAAAUUGUUGACGAUCUUAGAGGAAAUGUCUUCGGGCCAUUGGAAUUUUCACGACGUGAUUUAAUGGCAUUAAAUAUUCAACGAGCUCGUGAUCAUGGAUUACCUGAUUAUAAUACUGCUAGAAAAGCUUAUAAUUUACCGAAAGUUGAUAACGUUAAUCAUUUUAAAAAUGUUAAUUCAGAGACAAAAGCAAAGUUUUUGAAAUUGUAUAAUAAUUCCUUUGACGAUAUUGACAUUUGGAUUGGAGGAAUUUUUGAAACUGAAGAUGGCCCGGGUGAAUUAUUUCGAACGAUAAUUGCAGAUCAAUUUGAAAGAAUCCGAAAUGGUGAUCGAUUUUGGUUUGAAAAUGAAAAUAAUGGAUUAUUUACAAAAGAAGAAAUUAACAGAAUAAAGAAUUUGAACUUUUAUCAAAUUUUACUCAGUGUUACUACUGUAGGAGAAAAAGAUUUACCGCUUAAUGUAUUUAAAGUUCCAGUAUCAGAAGAUGAUAUAAAUAUAAACUGCACUCGUCAAAAUACUGUUAUUAAUGGAACGUGCCAUUCUUUUAAUGGAAAUCCAAUACCUUGUUUUCAUGCAUUGCCAAUUACAAUUGAUAAAGUUGAUAAUUGUUCUGAUCCAGGAACAUACGAUUAUUUUAGUAAUAGCGAAAUAUCAUUUGUAUCAACAUUUUUAGGUGUACUUAUAACUUUUGGAGGUUUUUGUGGAUUCUUGUAUUGGAAGUUACAUGAAUCACAACGUAAAUUAUCAAACAGACAUUUGGAUAAUACAAAAUCGUGGUCAGACAUUGGAGUUCCAGGAAAUAUUUAUACGGCAAAUGAAUGGACGGGAAAUUCCGUACCAAAUCGGUCAGUUAUCAUAACUUUGGAUAAAAAUACUCGUCAAAUUCAAGUUAAAAAUCAAUUGGGAUAUUUGUCAAGAGUUGUAGAUCUACACGUCAAAAAAAUUAUGAUGUUUGUUGGACAUCACAGUCAGUAUGUAUUGAUACGAGUCGAUCACAAUUACGAUUUAGUUCUUAAAUUUGAUUCAUUAUUUUUGAGAAGUUGUUUUGUAAAAUCAUUUGAUUCGUUUUUAAUGGACUUAAAUAUUGAACGAGAAAUAAUAUCACGCAUUACUGCAAAAGCUGUUUUAAACCAAGCAGUUACUAUGAAAGAACGACAAAAAAGAGUUGAACAAUUUUUUCGAGUUGUAUUUUCUCAAGCAUUCAAUAUUGCACAUUCAGAAGAUGAACUUAUUAAAAUCGAUUCUAAAGUUGCGAAGGAAGUUAUUCAUACAGAAUUAACUUUAUUGGAAUUUGCAGAAGCUUUAAGUAUGCGAGCAGACUCGGAAUUUGUUAAAAAGAUUUUCAAUUUAGUAGAUACGGAUAAAAACGGUUUUAUAUCAUUUCGUGAAUUUAUUGAUAUGUUGGUAUUAUUUUUAAAAGGCUCAGCAGAUGAUAAAUUAAAAUUAAUGUUUGAUAUGUACGAUAUAAAUAGAACAGGAUUAUUAAAAAGAGAAGAUUUUUCAAAUAUGUUAAGAUCAUUUAUGGAAACAGUUAAUGCUGACAUUUCAGAUGAUGAAUUAGAAUCAAUUGUUCAUUCAAUGAUGGAUCAAGCUCAAAUAGCAACUAAAGAAUCUAUUGAUUUAGAAGAUUUUAAAAAUAUUCUUGGUGAAUUUAACGAUAAAUUUAGUUACGCAGAGUUAGAAUUUAAUGUCAAUUCUAAUGGUACCAAUAAAAAAUUACACGCCGGUAAAUCAACUGUACGAUCAAAAUUUAUUGGAGAAGUAAAACAAACGAUUGAAAGUUUAUAUGCUGAUCCAAAUGAUCUUAAAUCAAGAGUUGAAGGACAUAUCACAUCAAAUUUAAAAAAAAAUGCCGCAAAUAAUAUUGAUAAUAAUGAACAAAUAAUUCAACCUAAUCAUGAAUACAAUGAUUGGGAUCGAUAUUGGAACCCAAUAACAAAGUUUAUAGCUAAUAAACAAUUACAAAUAUUUUGGUUAUUUUUAUACACGAUCAUUCUUUUGGGCAUUUUCGCUGAACGAGUUUAUUAUUAUUCUACAUUACGGGAACAUAAAGGAUUAAGACAGAUAACCGGAAAUGGUGUAUCAAUAACUAGAGGCGCUGCUUCAGCGAUGAUGUUCACAUAUUCUUCGAUGUUAUUAUUAAUGUGCCAAAAUACCAUAACUAUUCUCCGAGAUACUGUUUUACAAUUUUAUAUUCCUUUUGAUUCUGCUAUUGAGAUGCAUAAAUAUAUUGCUUGCUGGGCUUUAAUAUUUACUGUUAUUCAUAUUGUGGGACAUGGAUUUAAUUUUUAUCAUAUUGCAACACAAACAUCAGAUGAUUUGACUUGUCUAUUUAGAAAUAAUUUUCAUGCAACUCAUGAAAUUCCAAAAUUUCAUUAUUGGAUAUGGAACACAAUGACAGGAGUGACAUCAAUUAUACUGACAAUUGUUACUGGCAUAAUAUUUAUAUGCUCUAUUCCAAUAAUAAGACAAAAAUUAUACAAAUGGUUUGCUCUUGGACAUACAUUAUAUCCAUUAUUUUAUAUACUUAUAUUUUUACACGGCAGCGGAAGAUUAAUUCAAGAGCCUUUUUUUCAUUAUUUUUUUCUGGGUCCAGUAGUUAUUUUUACGAUAGAUAAAAUAUUUACGGCAACCCGUAAAACAGUUGAAAUACCAUUAUUGAAAGUAGAUUUACUACCGUCAGGUGUUAUAUGCAUGAUAUUUCAAAGACCUCAAAACUUUCAAUAUAAAUCUGGACAGUGGAUAAGAAUUUCCUGUCCAGCAUUAAAUGCCAAUGAAUAUCAUCCGUUUACUCUUUCAUCAGCACCUCAUGAGUCGAUUUUGUCAGUUCAUAUUAGGGCAGUUGGUCCAUGGACUCAUAAUAUUAGAAAUAAAUUAGAUCCGAACACGAAAGAAUUUAAAAUCUUACCGAAGAUACAUGUAGAUGGACCUUAUGGUGAAUCACAUCAGAAUUGGGACAAAUACGACAUUUCAAUAUUGGUUGCAGGUGGCAUUGGAGUUACUCCAUUUGCAUCAAUUCUGAAAGAUAUUGUUUACAAGUCGAAUCAAAAGUUGAAUUUAGGAUGUAAAAAGGUUUAUUUUAUUUGGGUUACUCAAAGUCAAAAACAAUUUGAAUGGAUGGUUGAUAUUUUACGUGAUGUAGAAAAAGCUGAUAUUAAUAAUUUUAUAUCAGCACAUCUUUUCAUCACACAAUUUUAUCAAAAGUUCGAUCUCAGAACGAUUUUACUGUAUAUUUGUGAACGACAUUUCCAAAAAAUUUCCAACAAAUCAUUAUUCACUGGACUAACAGCAGUAACUCAUUUUGGGCGUCCUAAUUUUGCUCAAUUUUUCUUGGCUAUUCAACGAAUACAUAAUAACACUAAUAAAAUUGGAGUAUUUAGCUGUGGUACUCCAACAAUGACACGAGCAGUUGACGGUGCAUGUCAAAGUCUCAAUAGUAGAGAAGACACAGAUACAUUAUUUCAACAUUAUUAUAAAAGUUAUUAAUUAUUUAUGUAUUUUUACUAUUUGGUAAAAAAAAAAUUAUGUCAACUCACAAUAAAAAUAAAAAUGAUAUUUAAAGUAGCGGCAAAAAAAACUAUUUCUUUUAAAAAAACAACUAAAAUACUUUUAGAAAAAACUUUUAAAACUUGCAUAUCAGAAAUUAAAAAACAUUUUUGU